AACACUAUCCCUAGCUGCUGGAAGGACAGGGGAGAAAUGGCUGAUACCAUAGCUGACACAAGAAGGCUCUUCUCAAAGCCUCAGAACUUAAAUGACGCCUAUGGACCUCCAAGUAACUUUCUAGAGAUUGAUGUGAGCAACCCUGAGACCAUCGGGGUUGGCAGGACCAGAUAUACCACGUAUGAAGUCAGACUGAAGACCAACCUACCCAUCUUCAAGCUGAAGGAGUCUAGUGUACGGAGGCGGUACAGCGACUUUGAGUGGCUCAGAGCGGAGCUGGAGAGGGAGAGCAAGGUGGUCGUCCCGCCUCUCCCAGGAAAAGCUCUUUUCCGGCAACUUCCGUUCCGAGGGGAUGAUGGGAUAUUUGAUGACUCUUUCAUCGAGGAGCGGAGACAGGCUCUGGAGCAGUUUCUCAACAAAGUGGCAGGUCACCCUCUAGCGCAGAAUGAACGAUGCCUGCACAUGUUUCUACAGGACGAGUCUUUGGACAAGAACUACACCCCGUCCAAAAUCAGACAAGCCUAAAAGAAAAGAUGGUUCUGCUUGGUCUGGUCUGGCUUGGCUCUGGUCCGACAACCCAAAGCUCUCUUCAAUGCUUCAGGUUUCUCUCAGACAAUAAACAUUUAAAUGACAACUUCCCCUCCCCGCUCCACCCCAAAAUAAUAUUGUUCACUUCCUCUUUUAGUUUACUUAGUGACCCUGAUCUGUGUUUUUUUUUCACUUUCUAAUUGGAGUCAAGAAUGUUCGACACAUAACUGUGGUUGAAAGUAAUUUAUAUUAUUUUUCUUUACGUCUGGAAAUGUCACUAACAUGGAUAUAUUAUGUAUUUAUCAUUUAGCUGCCAUGAAUAUAUUCAUUUAUAUCGUAACAUUGAAUGAGCGUUCUAUGUAUGUAAAGC